AUGGCGACGGUGGACAAGGUGGAGAUGGAUCUCGAGGAGCGCGUCGCCGAGACGCAAGCCUGGUUCCACAGGGCCCAUGAAGAACUGAAGGCUGCCCAGGAUUUGCUGGCUGAGUGCAAACAGGAGCUCAUCCUGAAGCAGGUUGAUGUCGAGAGAGCCCAGGAAGCAACGAUGGAACAUGCCGCCAAGGAUGAGGCCACUCGGCACCAGCACCAGGCCGAGCUGAACUCCCAGGAGGAGGACCUUGCCGCUUAUGAGAAGGCGCUCGCCGCUGAUCCGAGUGCCGCCCGACCCCGCCUCCCUCGACCCCGCGCCGCUGCGCCACCUCGCCUCCGCCCGCCGGUGCGCGCCGCCACCUCACCGGACCCCAGGAGCCCCGCCGCCUCGCGCUACUGCCUGCGUCGCAUCACGCGCCGCCACCUCCCCACAAGCUCGCCGCCCAGCCGCGGAAGCCUCGUCGCCGGUCGCUCCGACCUCGAGAUCCGCCGCCGCCCCACGCUGCCUCGCGCCCGUUGCGCCGCUCCGUCAGGUCGCUGCUGCUGGUGGCGUGAUUGCCAUCGCUGUGAGAUUGCAGCUGUUCUUGGCGCCGCUUCUCGUCGUGGUCGCUGCCAUGUGGAGGCUGCUCCCACUCCCCUGCUCCUUGCGUCGUCGUGGCCGCCGCUGCUGCCAACGGAGCACGGGCUGCUGCUGGCCAUCGGCCCACCUCCGGUAUGCCAACAGCUUGAGGAACAUGUCUAUAUGCGUGUAAAUCCUGAGGAUGACAUGCAUGGGAGUCUUGGGAGUAGCAUCCUCCUCGCUGCACGGGCCUCCUCCUCGCCGGAGUGACGCCCCUUGCUGGAGCAGCGCCGGCCAAGCCCAUCGGCCACCAGUUGCGUCCUUGGAUCAGUUUCCCACAGGCAGCAUGUUGUUCCUACUCCUCUACCUACUACAGCAGCACAAUGUUCUUCUGUAUUGCAAUAGAGUAGGAGUAUUUGCUAGAGUAGCUAGGACGUACAACUAUGGUUAAUUGCCGUCAUGUGUAUUGUUUUGUUAGAGCAGAUGGCUCCCAUGAUCCCAUCAAUUUCGCAUCGCUGGAUGCUUUAUGUACACAUGCACGGAUCUGUCAUAACUUUACACUAAUUUAAGAUUGUCUUGAUCUGAA